AUGGCCCUAUCUCGUGCAGCAUCACCUCACCCGAAAGCUACGAAACCCCUGAGCACUGCUGCCGUCUUUCACAGGCAAUACCGAGCUCCAAUCACCUGGGCUUGGCUAUUCCUCCAGCGCUGCUGUUGUUGGACGUUACCUCACGUCUUCUCAACUCCUAUUCGCCUUGGAUGCCGUAUCAUUGCCGCGGUGUUGGAUAAUUGCACAGAGAAAGCCCUGGCGAUUCGGCUCGGACGACAUGCCACAAAUUCGACAGCCAACCAUCCUUGUACAUUGCCCCUGUUGUGCAAGAAGAGGACCCACCACCGUCCUCUGUCAAACACUCAUCACCACCAUCAGACACCCAUCACCACCAUCCACUUGCGAGGCUAUGGUCGUCAACCAUCCAGCAGCCACAGACCAAUCGGCGCUCCAACCACCCGAGUUCAUCGACCUUCUUUCAGCACCAAUCCCCACAGCUUUACACCACCUCCCACAAAGCGCAUCGUUGACCGAACCGCAGACGACUCAUAUGUUCCUCGAUCAGGCGAAUUACCCCCUUUCGCUACCUUUGGUGCGAUGACUAAUCAUACCCCGAAUGGGGAACAACUACUUGCGUUGGCUGCAAGUAGAGUGGUGGGGGUGGAGCCUGAGGAUAAGGAGGCUUUGGCAACUCACCAGCCGAAGAACCGACCAUGGUUAGAAGUGAAAGCGAGUAAACGACGGACCAAAGUUUUGAUAGGCGUCUUGGGUACGAUCUUUACCAUUGGUUUGGUGGUGGUUCUUGCUGUUUAUUUUGCGGUGGUGAGGAAGGAGGAUAACGUUGAGGGGAGUGCUGGUUGUCGGGUGGAUCGCCGAUUGGGACUGGGCUUCUGCAACGAUCUCGAUUUCGGAAACGGAUCCGGAAAGAUCCACAAUGGUCAACAUGAAGCCUGUUCGACAUCCAGCAGAGCAAGUCCUUCGGCCCAACUUUGGAUGCAGAUUGUCAAGCUCAAGAUCGACUCUAUGCGCCUUCAUUCAGAGUCCGCUUCCUUUUACGCGGAACGUCAACGCCUUGCGGAGAGUGGCUGGAAAUCAGCCCAUUGGAAGGUACAUGGAGUUGCCGGCCCCAGUCGGCUUCUUGGGGGGUACCCUGGGUUUCCUCCGCUGUUGUCGUCUCCUGCCGUUUCCGUGCAUACGUUUCGGAGUAUCGAUCCCGAACAGCUUCUCAAAAACUUCAUAUACUCGGAGGCAUCUGCUGGCAUGAUUCCCUGGGCAGUAGAACAAGUCUUCCGUGUCGCAGAAGAGAUGAAGAGUAAGGCUGGGAGUACAUUCCUCGAAAUCUACAACGAAACCAUCAAUGACCUCCUCGGCUCCUCCGAGUUCGACAAGAAGAAACAUGAAUCAAACACGACCCCAAGACUGGCAGUACCCGUGUAA